CAGUAUACAGUCUCAUAUCCACAUGGAUUGUACACUAUCAGUAACACUAAAACAAAAGGCAUUUGACUAUAGGUAGGCAUAGAGAUGAGUAGUGCACGGGGCACUGACAAUGGCAUUGCGUUAUAUCUGUUCUCUCUACAGGGAAUAAUGACUGUCCUCAACCUAUGAACUGUGCUGAAGCCUGGGAUUAUUAUGGGGGGAAGUAAGGAAUGGGUACAGCGCUCCAAGGACACCUGGAAAGCCAUUCAGGAUUCACUAAGGCCGGUGGUGGCUGGUCCCCUGCAAGAAGGUGAGGUGCCUGAGGUCCCUCCGCCCCCUCUGGACAUCAAGGGGUCCCCGGCGUACACGGUUCGGGGCAUUCUGGAUUCGAGACGCCGGGUGGGGGGCCUACAGUACCUUGUGGACUGGGAGGGGUACGGUCCGGAGGAGAGAUGCUGGGUUCCUGUGGGGGACAUUUUGGACCCUUCUAUCCUGAGAGAUUUCCACCACCUCCACCCGGAUCGCCCGGCACCUCGUCCUCCGGGUUGUCCUCGAGGCCGGUGGCGGCGCGCUGCGGGGGCCGCGCGUCAGGGGGGGGUACUGUCACGACUUCCGCCGAAGUUGGCUCCCCUGCCUGUUCGGGCGGUGCUCGGCGGUCGUCGUCACCGUCCUACUAGCCACUACCGAUCCCUUUUUCGUUUGUCUGUUGGUUUUGUCUUAUUAGUUUCACCUGUGUGUAUUUUAGUUUAAUUAGCGUCCUUAUAUAUAGUAGGUUGUCCCGCCCUUGUUUUGUGCGGGAUUGUUUUUGUUACUCUGUUGUAUGGUGGUUUUCGUGUAGUUAUUCUCUGGACUAUUUUGGUCCUGUGUUUGGGCUGGUCUAUUGUAUGCGCCCUGUGUGUUGGCUGUGACCGUUUUUGUGCACCGGAUAAUAAAUUGACAAUCUACUGAA